UAUCUCCUAACACUUCCCCAUUUCAUAUGCUACUCAACCUAAAAAGAAUUCCAAAAUAUUCUCAUUCAAUUCCUGCAAUCUUUAACAACCCAUUACCUCUCUCUCUCUCUCUCUCUCCCACUGUAACACUCAAAAAGGUUUGCAACUUUUCAAGUUAUUAAAGAGAUAUGGGUUAUGUCACUACAGUAUCUUUUUGUUUCACAACCAACAUGGACCCCUAUGUAACCUCUCCUUACUGUUUCUCUAUUAAUACUCAAAGCUCUGUUUUUCCCUCCAUGGCUUCUUUAGCCCAGUAAUUUGAUCCUUAAACAUGGAAAUGACUGGUUCAUUGGCCAUGGGUAGGGAGAGGCAGUCUCAUUUGUUGCUCUUUCUAUUUCUAGUCGCCGCACUCUUUACUCCUGUAUUUGGAGAUCUCUCAGAGGACUCUGUUUGGCUUCUUUGGAUCAAAUCAGAGUUGAAUGAUCCUCAAGGAGUGCUCGAGGAUUGGUCAAUGAAAGCUGACACUUGUAGCUGGAAUGGACUCACUUGCUCUAUAGAUAAAACCCAAAUUCUGGGUUUUAAUUUAUCUGGCUCAGAGCUCUCUGGUUCGUUGUCCGCCAAAUUCUCGCUCUUCACUUCCAUUGAGUUUCUUGACUUGUCGUCAAAUUCAUUAACAGGUUCUAUCCCUCCAGAGCUUGGAAAGUUAACAAAUCUUAGAGAAUUUCUGCUUUACUCCAAUUUCCUUUCUGGUUUGAUUCCUCCUGAAAUUGGACUGCUACACAAGUUGCAGGUACUGAGACUGGGUGAUAAUCUGCUUUCGGGACCCAUUCCAAAUCAGCUCUGUAACUGUACUGAGCUAACAGUUUUGGGUCUUGCUUCUCUCGAACUCAGUGGAAGUAUUCCUAGAGAUAUUGGCAAACUGAAGCUCUUGAAGAGCUUGAACGUACAGAGGAACAAUAUCAGUGGAGAAAUACCAAAAGAGGUUGGAAGUUGCAGAGAGCUUCAAGCUUUAUCAAUAGCCAACAAUGGCCUAGAAGGAAGAAUUCCACCAGAUAUAGGUAACUUGAGUGAUUUAGAGAUUCUAAAUUUGGCUAAUAAUAGCCUUUCCGGUUCGAUACCUGAAGUCCUUGGUGGCCUAUUCAAUCUGAAGCACUUGAAUUUGCUUGGAAACAGAUUAACAGGUGAAAUUCCAACUGAGCUGAAUCAAAUUAAGCUGCUCGAGAUACUCGAUUUAUCAAGGAAUAAUUUUUCGGGACCCAUUAAAAUCUUCCCAAAUGUGCUCGAGAGACUCCAAUACCUUGUUCUUUCAAGCAAUUCAUUAACUGGGGAUAUUCCUGGAAAUUUGUGCUCAAGUAAUUCAGCAUUGGAGAACCUCUUUUUAUCACAAAACAAGCUUUCUGGUGAGAUCCCACCUGGUUUGGCAAACUGUUGUUAUCUUCAGCACUUGGAUCUCUCAGAAAAUGAUUUAUCAGGUGAAAUCCCAUCCCAUAUUUCCAGUUUAAAUUUUCUUUCUGAUGUUUUUCUCCAGAACAACAGAUUCAGUGGAGUUAUACCUUCUGAGAUUGGAACUUUAAGAAAUUUAGAGACCUUUUAUCUCUUUGGCAACCAUCUUACUGGAACAAUCCCCAUAGAGAUCGGAAGAUUACAGAAGCUGACUGAGUUAUCUCUCUCUGAAAACCAGUUAUCCGGGCAGAUACCCAUCGAACUAACAAACUGCUCAAGCUUGUCCGGGAUUGAUUUCUUUGGUAACCAUUUCUCUGGACCCAUACCAAGAACCAUUGGAAAGCUUAAGAAUCUUGUCUUCCUUAACAUUAGACAAAAUGAGUUAGAAGGCUCCAUUCCUUCGAGCUUGGGCUUCUGCAAAAAGCUUCAAACUUUGGCUUUAUCAGAUAAUAGGCUCACUGGAAAACUACCGCCAACUUUCAGGUUUCUUAGAGAGUUGCAGGUUCUCUCUCUCUAUAACAACUCUCUAGAAGGCCCAAUCCCAAGAAGCCUCUUCUUUCUUAAGAAUCUGAACAUUAUCAACCUUUCCAAUAAUAAGUUAAGUGGAAGUAUGCUUCCUCUUUGUGGUUCUUCCUCUCUCAUAAAACUAGACCUCACAAAUAAUAGAUUCAUGGGGGCAAUUCCUCCAUUAGUAGGGAACUCGGUCAAUCUUAUUCGUCUCAGAUUGGGAUUGAAUAAUUUUAGUGAAGGAAUACCUCCUGAAUUAGGUCAGCUCACAAGGCUCACUCUUUUAGACCUGUCUUUUAACAGUUUAACUGGUGAAUUGCCUCGAGAUCUAUCGGGCUGUAAAAAACUAGGGCAUCUUAAUCUAAACAAUAACAAAUUUUAUGGGAAAAUUCCAUUUUGGGUAGGCUCCAUUUCUUCUCUUGGAGAGCUGGACCUCUCUUUCAACAAAUUUUUGGGGCAAAUUCCAUCAGAGCUGGGAAAUUGUUCAGAUCUUCUUAAGCUUUCACUCCAAGCCAAUAACCUUUCUGGUGAAAUCCCACCUGAAUUGGGUAGAAUAGCUUCACUGAAUGUCCUUAAUCUACAGAACAACAAACUCUCAGGUCCCAUCCCAUCCUCAAUUCAGUACUGUAAAAAGCUUUAUGAACUGAGACUAUCUGAGAAUUUGUUAACUGGGUCUGUUCCAAAGGAGAUUGGCAAGCUCACUGAUUUGCAAAUAAUGCUAGAUUUGAGCAAAAACUCACUAACAGGUGAGAUUCCCCCCUCUCUAGGAAAUUUGAUAAAGCUUGAGGGUCUAAACUUAUCUUGUAAUGGUCUCCAUGGCGCAGUUCCAUCGGAACUAAGUGGAUUAACCAGCUUAAACUCGCUCAACGUAUCAAAUAACCAUCUCGAAGGGAUGCUACCUAGAGGAUUUUCAAAGUGGUCAGAGAAGUCUUUUGCAGGCAAUUCUGGUCUUUGUGGAGCUCCCCUGGUUAAAUGCUUGGAGAUAUUGGGUAGCCAGAAAGAUCGGCUUUCAAAAAUGGCAGAAGCUGGAAUAACCGCAGGAAUUGUGUUUCUCACGACGAUUAUUUGCUCGAUAAUUUUGUGGCUUAUAUUCAGGAUGUGUUAUGAACUGAGGAGGAAUGCAGUUUCAAGCCUGGAUUAUCAGGUGAGCUCUGAGUUCUAUGAAGAGAAGUUUUAUGAGGGCAACAAGAAGAGAGCUGUUGGUGGUUACUUAAAGGUGCAAUCAUUGGAUAUGGUUUCUUCGCCGCCACCAGAGGGUAAGAAGCCAUGAGAACCAUGCAAAUUCAGGUGUAAUUUGAAUGUGGGUGGAGUGAAAAAAAAAAAAA